AUGUCUUAUAAGAAUGGAAACUUCAACUCAUAUUUUCUUAUAGCCACUAGGAAGAAGAAAGCAUCACGUGCAAAAUCCAACUUUCCACCGUCACCACCUGGGUUACCGAUAAUCGGGAACCUUCACCAGCUCGGUACCCAAGUGCACCGCUCUCUCCGAGCACUCUCCGACAAGUAUGGCCCUCUUAUGCUCUUGCAUUUGGGCCAAGUGCCAACUCUAGUCGUUUCAUCUCCCGAAAUGGCAGAAGAAAUUGUCAAGAAACACGAUAUCGCCUUCUCAAAUCGACCUAAAACCACCGCAGCCAACAUCUUUUGUUACGGAUGCAAAGACUUAGGCUUUGCUCCAUACGGUGAGCAUUGGAGACAGUCUCGGAAACUUCAUGCUCUUGAGCUUCUUAGCCUUAAGAGAGUGCAACAAUUACACUUUGUGAGGGAAGAAGAGACAGCUUUAUUAGUUGAGCGCAUACGCAAAGCUUCUAGUCGUGGUGAUUCCGUAAAUGUAACCGACAUGGUUACUGGAACCUCCAACAAUGUAGUGUCUAGAUGUAUUCUUGGACAGAAAUUUGAGGAAAAAAAUGGGGAGAGUAGUUUUGGAGAUCUAACAAGAAGGGUGAUGAUAGAUUUUAUGGCCUUUAGCGUGGGGGAUUUCUUCCCUAAACUUUGGUGGAUCGAUGUUCUUCGAGGGUUUAUGGGUCGUUUGAACAAGAGUUUUAGAGAAUUCGACACUUUCUUUGAUAAGGUUCUUGAAGAACGUAAGGCAGUUCACCGGGACACUGAUUCGAAAGACUUUGUGGAUAUUCUUCUCGGACUUCAAAAGGAUAAGACGCUCGAUUUUCCGCUCACUCAAGACAACAUAAAAGGAUUCAUGAUGGACUUGUUCGUUGGUGCAAGUGAUACUACUUCGACGACACUCGAAUGGUUAAUGGCAGAGCUCGUGCGAAAUCCGGGAGUGAUGAAGAAAGCUCAAGAAGAAGUUAGAAGAGUGUGGGGAAAUAAACCAAAGAUUGACAUGAAUGAGAUACAUCAAAUGCAGUACUUAACAUGUGUCAUCAAAGAAAAUCUAAGACUACAUCCUCCUCUUGCUCUUCUGAUAGCCCGAGAAACUUCUGAGGCCGUUGACAUUGCCGGCUACAAAAUUCCUUCAAAAUCGACGGUUUUCGUCAAUGCGUGGGCGAUCCAAAGGAACCCGAGUUUGUGGGAAAAACCGGAGGAGUUUAUUCCCGAGAGGUUCGAGAAUAACCCAGUUGAUUUCAAAGUAUGGCAAGAUUUCCAAUAUAUCCCAUUUGGUCUUGGAAGAAGGGGAUGCCCCGGCUCCGCAUUCGGGCUUGCCAGCACCGAAUAUAUCCUUGCCAACCUUCUAUACCAUUUUGAUUGGAAGUUGUCUGAUGCUAAUUCAUCGCCACAAGAUUUGGACAUGAGUGAAGUUUAUGGUCUUACCGUUCAGAGGAAAGUUCCUCUUAAACUUAUACCAGUAUCCUACACCCCUUGA